AUGCUUCCAGGUAAUGUAAGAAACCAGGAUAAACUCAGAGACAAAAAUUCUUGCUUAGGGAGUGAAGAAGGAACAAUUGAUGCCAAUAACACAAAACAUAAAGAUUGCAAUGUUUCAACUGCUGCUUCAAUCUUGCCAGAAAUAUGGACGGAUAGGAACGGAAUCAAAAUAGAAGUUGACAUCCAACUGCGGGACACUCUUAAACCAGGGACUCCAAAUACUGAAAGAGAAAACAUUCCCGAGAAGGAAAAAAUGCUAUCUGAAGAUGAAGUGGUUCAACUGACUAACUCUUCAGUGGAAUCAACUAAACAGAAUACUUGCACAGGCAAAGAAGGUGAUGGAAAAUCAUGCAGGAGAUCUUUAAAUUUUAGUUUAAUAGGAGAAGACCCAAGGGAACCAAUGUUGGACGAAGAAUAUGAAAAUUCUGUUGAUUUUAACAUUGAUGCUAAAUCAUCUGUUGUUCAGUCAAAUGGACGUGAUGGAGAAAUGGAUGAAAAGCAAUGCGGUAUAAAUCAGAUUCGACCCUUUCCCGUUUUGCUUCAUGUUUAUCAUAGGAAAAGGAAAGGCAAAAGUCAGGUCAGCAUUAAAUCAAAGUCAAUGGAUCAUAAAAGUUCUAUAUGCAGCAGCACCUCAGGGGCAGUUAUGUGCAGGGAAGGUAAAAAAGAGUGUAAUUCAAAAGAGAUGAUCAAACCAAUUAACGUGAAGUCAAAGCGUCCAAGUCAUGGAAAUACAAGUAGAAAAUCUAAGAUGAACAAAAAAAAUGGAAAGAUUACAGACAUAGAGCAUGAGAUGCUAGUUCCUUGUGAGGAAAGGCUUUGUCUUAGCACCAAAGUGCGAUCCACAGCAAGAGUUGAGCUUGACAAAAGGACAAUGAGAGAAUGGAAAGUUUUGGUGGAAAACUUAGAUUCGGAAUGCACUGAAGAGGCUAAGUGGUGGGAGCAGGAGAGGCUUUUGUUUCAUGAGCGAGUUAAAUUAUUUAUUUCCCACGUGCGGUGUAUCCAAGGUGAUAGGAAAUUUUCACAAUGGAGAGGUUCAGUUAUAGAUUCUAUAGUUGGGGCAUUUUUAACUCAGAAUGCUAGUGACAAUGCUUCAAGCUCUGCUUUCAUGUCUCUUGCUGCUAAAUAUCCAUACAGAGCAAUCGGAGAAAAUUCUUCACCUGAAGCUUCCAUUGGUUUUUCAACUGUCCAACUGAGAGGAACAAAACGGUCACGUUCUUCCAACUCUCAGCAUAGAAAGGAUACCACGAGGGCAAAGGAACGAAAGUCAGAGGAGACAAAACAUAGAAGGAAAGGAGCCAAAAAGGAAAAUGUGAUCGUCAAUUGGGAUAAUUUAAAGAAACUAUAUUCCAAAAGUGACCGUAGAAAGAAAAGUGAUGAUACAUCAGAAGCUGUAGAUUGGGAUGCAGUUAGGAACGCACCAGUUGAAGAGAUAUCUAAAACCAUCGAGAGAAGAGGAAUGAACAAUAAUUUAGCUACAAGAAUCAAGAAUUUCCUCGACAUUUUGUCAAAGCAACUUGGAAGUACUGAUCUGGAAUGGUUAAGAAAUGUUCCACACCAGAAGGCAAAAGAGUACUUGUUGAGCAUACCUGGGAUGGGAUUGAAAAGUGUGGAAUGUGUGCGCUUGCUGGCACUCAUACAGCCAGCAUUUCCAAUUGACACAAAUGCUGGGCGGAUAGCAGUACGCCUUGGCUGGGUUCCGCUUCAGCCACUUACACAAGGACAUCAAUUUCACCGUCUGAAACAGUACCCAAAGAUCGACACUGUGCAAAAGUAUCUCUGGCCAAGGCUGUCUAAACUUGAUCCAUCAACAUUGUAUGAACUACAUUGUCAGAUGAUUACCUUCGGAAAGGUUUUUUGUACAAAGAGAAACCCAAAUUGCAAUUCCUGUCCAUUACAAGAAGAAUGCAAACACUUCAAAAGUUCUUCCGCAAGUACACAACUUUCACUUCCAGGAAUACAUGAGAGAAGCAAAAUGGAAUCGAAGAUUUCUUUGCCAUUAGCUGUACAUCUGCCAGCACUCAGUGGAACGUCGACAGUUCCCCUUCAGGAAGUUGUAGGGUCCAGAUCACUAGAAUUUAAAGAUCAGGAUAUUGAAAAUUUUGGCUUCAAUAGGUUACCUCGUAUUAGACUUAACAAUUGCAAGUUGAAGGAAAGUUUAGAUAAAUUCAGCUAUGAGUAUAAUAUCCCUCUCCAAGAUGGUAAAAUGGUUAAUCCUCUGAUGGCUAUUAAACCAGAAACCACUACUACACCAUUGCCCAAAUUGAGGAAUAUGAAGUGUAUAAGGACGGACCAUCAAGUCUAUGUGCUUCCUGAUUCACACACCCUCUUGGCAAAGCUACCGAAGAGAGAACCCAACGAUACAUGCCCAUACCUACUUGCUAUAUGGACACAAGAAAAUUUCAACGAGGAUGAGUCUUUAUCUUUCCAUGACAUGCCUGGAGAAGAUUCAGUUUACGGAACAUUUCUGGUGCCAAGCCGAACAGCAAUGAGGGGAUGCUUUCCGCUGAAUGGAACUUACUUUCAAGCUAAUGAGGUUUUUGCUGAUGAUGAAUCAAGUGAUGUUCCGAUUAUAGUUUCAUGGACUUCUAUAAGGGAUCUGCCAAAGACAACUUUACAUUGUGGAACGACCAUAUCAGCAAUAUUCAGAGGUAUGAAAAGUGAGGAAGUUCGGUGGUGCUUCUUGAAAGGAUUUGUCUGUUUGAGAGGGUUCGACCGGAAAACAAGAGAACCUAAACCUCUCCCUUCAAGAUUCCACCUUCCAAAUGUGAAAGAAGGCUAA